CCCAAGAGUACAAGUUAUAAGGUUUUUUUUUUAUGUAGUCUUGGUGCAUAAAUCUCACUGAUUACAUAGUCAGACGCAGAUGACACAGCUAGCUAGCUUUCACCAGAAAACAAAACAAGGAUUUGAAGUCCUCCGAUAGUCAAGUCCAUCUCGAUCGAUCCGCGCGCAUACGUUAAUUUGAAUUCACCAUUAGCAAGGGCAGCAGUGCUCUGUACUCGAUUGGGGAGAGGUCACUUCAAGUUCAAAGUUUGGCCACGUCAACCGGAUCGAUGACGAUGCUGGUAGAAGCUCUGGUUCAGGCCGUAACAGCACAAGUGGUCCGUGCUGUGGUGCAGGAAGCUCGGUUCGUUUUUAAAUUCAAAAAUGAGCUUGAGCAGAUGGAAAAAUGGCUUGGAAAAAUGAGAUGCUUAGUUGUCGACGCAGAUAAGAAACUGAAACUGUCGUCUGAUCAGGAAACGGUCAAGAAAUAUUUGAGUGAGCUAAGGGAAGUCAUUUAUGAAGCCGACAACGCAUUGACGGAUUGCCUGAUCAGUGAGGAAGAAAAGAAGAAAAAGAGGUUCUUCUCAUGCUUGUUGCCUCUGGAUCCGGUUUUCCCGCAUGCGAUGGGCAGGAGGUUGACGAAGAUUAAUUCUGAUAUGAAGAACGUGCACGACGUGUUGAUCAACUAUUUUAGUGCAUCAGCUGCUGCACCAGAUAGUAGUAUCAGCCAACAAAUCAGCAGCAGCUGGCGAAUUGUUGGUUCACUAAACCCACAUAAGACAUAUGGAUUGGAUGAGGACAUAGAAAAGUUGAAAGGGUGGAUACUUAAUGACGACGAGAAGGAACCAGCAAUGAACUACAUUGGCAUUGUGGGGAUGGGGGGCUUGGGCAAAACCACCCUUGCUCAACAACUCUUUAACGAUUCUCAAAUCUUGGAUCACUUUGAAAAGACAAUGUGGGUCUGUGUUUCAGGAAAUUUCUGCGAGCAGUGGAUCCUGAAGAAGUUACUCAACAAAGUUAAUGAAGAAACGUCUUCCUUGGAUAGUGAUGAAAUUUUGCGCAGACUCAUCACUGUCCUUAACGGUAAAUCCUAUCUCAUUGUCCUGGAUGAUGUGUGGCCUUACAAAAACAAAUCAGAUUGGUUGAAAGACCUGUGCUCCCAGCUACCAACAUCAGUUGGUAAAUCCAGCUGCAUCAUUAUUACCACCAGGAUUGAAGACGUUGCCCAAAAAAUGGUUCUUAGAAACACACAAAUUCAUCACCAUAAACCUCUAGAGAACGAAGACAGCUGGGAUUUAUUCAGUGAAUAUGCAUUUCGAAAAAGCAAUGGAAAAUGCCCUAGUGAGCAUUAUAAAGAUGUCUCAGUGCAUAUCUUGAAGAAAUGUGGUGGCCUUCCUCUGGCAAUAAAGACUUUAGGAAGCUUAUUGUCUGAGAAGGUUGGUUCUCCUUCAGAAUGGACAGACAUUUCGGACAAAUUCCAUGAACUCACAAAAAAAGGAAAAACUGACUCUGUCAUCGACUCUCUGCAGUUAAGCUAUGAUGAACUUCCGCAUACCAGUCUCAAGCAAUGCCUAUUGUGUCUCUCCAUUUAUCCUGAAGACUUUGAGAUAGAUGCGGAACAGUUAAUUCACUGGUGGAUUGGGGAGGGCAUCGUCCGGGAAAAGGGCUCAACAACAGCUAUAGAAUUGGGAUUUGAAUAUCUCGCAGAAUUAGUGAACAGAAGCCUGCUGGAAGUAGUGGAUCGGCGAUGGUACGAUGGGAAAGUUUAUAAGUGCAAGAUACACGAUAUGGUGCGGGAGGUAAUUAUCAAGAUUGCGGGAGAGGAGGCAUUUUGCAUCUUCAAUGAGCAAGGAAAGCUAAUGCAGAAACAUGAGCAAAAUGAGCAAAAGCCACGAUGGUUCCGUAUCAGCGAAGACAUGGAUGAUGACGAGAAGGAACUAGAAGAUAAUCCAAAGUUGAGGACAUUUUUUCUCAUGUCAAGCCCUCCUAAUAACUUUGGCAAGAAUUUUAGGUUCCUGGAGUCCCUCAGGGUGUUGGACUUGUCGUACUCUAAAGUUGUCGAAGAUAGCAGCAGCCCGUCUCCAGUGACGUGCGCUGAGGAUCUCUUCAGCUAUAUCAGUUCUCUCAAACGCUUAGCAUGUCUAAACUUGAGUGGAACUCAGAUACGGGAAGUCACAUCUUCAAUUCAGAAACUGCUUAACCUCCAGCUUUUGGUGUUGAAAGGAUGCAAAAAGCUAGUCAAAAUACACCCAUCAAUCAAAUAUUUGAAGAGGCUCAUUGUCUUGGACCUUGGAGAUUGUCCCCUUGAUUGCCUACCCAAGGGUCUAGGGAGCCUCCGUCUUCUACAAGAACUCACCGGAUUCAAGGUGGUGAAUCCGGCCAAAACACAAGGUUGCGCCCUUCGUGAGCUCAAAGAACUAAAGGAGCUAAGAGUUCUUCGAAUUGUCCUAAGUGCUGACGCUGAAAUCUCCCAAGAUGAAAUAGGCAUCCUAUCAAGCCUCAGGUUUCUCAAGGUUCUUACCAUUGAUGCUGAAGAAUGUAAAGAAAAUAAAACUUUGAGUGAGUUAGACAAUCUUCAGAUGCCUCCAAAUCUCAGGGAGCUGUAUGUAAGGAAUUAUCAUUCCAAAACAAUGCCCAACUGGUUUCAUCCUGCCAAGCUUUCUAGAUUGCAGUAUCUCUGUGUCGAGAAUUGUGACAUUGUGAGACUGACCAGUGAUCAGUCCACUUGGAAAAAUGUUGAGGGUUUGUGUUUGAAGUUUCUGGGCUUUGAGGAAGAUUGGGAGAACUUGAGGAAAAUUUUGCCUGCACUUAGCUACAUGGAGAUUAGCAGUUGUUUCAAGUUCAAAAAUUUUCCCUGCUCGGUUGACCAGCGAGGAGUUUGGACAAAAGCAAAGUUGAUCAGUAUGGAGUGAUCAAUAAGAGCCCAGAAAAUCACCAUCUCCAUGGAAGCCUCCGAUCAUUGGUUUAUCUUGGUUACUCUAGCCUUGAACUUCGUGUGCGAGUUAUAUAUUGGUGUGCUGUUAAAACUUAAAUUUGCUUGGGAUGUAAUGUUUUAUUAGAGAUGAUGUGGUGAUGUGAUCUUGUAUAAUAAGCAAAAAUGUAUAUGCAUACAUAUUCACUCAUGUUUAUAAGGUUGACCAUCGUGGAGUUCAUAUA